UGGGAAAUGGCACUGUGGCAUAGAUAAAGACAUAAUAUUCUUUUCUUCACUUAAAAAUGGUUAGGGGUGAAAGUCUUUUAGACUCAUCAUUCCUAUCAUCUUUUAUGGUUCCAUAAAUGAAUGAAAGAAACCUCCAUUAUCUCCCUCUUCAUCUCUUUGCCUUUGUCCCUACUCGCCGACCCUUAAACCCCCCAUUUGUGUCUGCAAAAUCUCACUUAUUGUUUUGCUUACAUAUACAAAUCGUUUGUUAGAUCCAUAGACGACAGAUAGAGAAAAAAGGGUUUAAAAAUGGAUAAAAGCUGUCAAUCUUCUGGUGAAUCCUCCAUUACUAGCAAUAGCUCCACUGCUAACAAUAGAGAUCAUUACCUUAAACACCUUAACAAGCUUUCCCAUAAGAUUUCUAAACCCUCUUCUUCCACCACCGCCGCCGCAGUCGCUGCCUCCGCCGCUGGUCCACUCAUCAGGAAGUCUUCUUUUGAACUGACCCAGAAUCUUACACAGGCUCAGCUUCCGCCUCCGCCACCGCCGCCUCCGAAUCCUAACCAAAGUGGUCUCCAGGCUCAACAACACCAGCCACCUGUUUACAACAUCAACAAAAACGACUUCAGGGAUGUGGUGCAGAAACUUACCGGUUCACCGGCUCACGAACGCUUUUCUACUCCGCAGCCAAUCCACCAGCCCAAACCACAAAGCUCUCGGCUUCAAAGGAUCCGACCUCCUCCUUUGCCGCAUGUUAGUAAUCGUCCUUCUCCCAUGAUGAAUAUGAACCCUUCCAGUUGCUCUCAAUCUAACCCUCCCGUCGGUGGCCCUACUGUUAAUAGCUUCAUGAAUCAAAGGCCACCUGCUACCGCCCCUCUUUCACCACUCCCACCACUCCCGACUGUACUCGCGGCGGCGGAAUCCCCUGUCUCUGCCUAUAUGCGUUGCCUACAAAACUCCUUAUCCACCUCUGUUGAUCCUAACCCAAAACAAUUCACUGGGUUCCCACCAUUAGCCCCACUCGUUUCACCCCGUUGGAACAACUUGACCGCCCCACAACAACAACAACAACCUCCGCCGCCGCCAUCGCAACAACAGCCACAGGUAUCAUCACCACUACCAUUCGGCUGCUUGAAUUCCCCACGGUCACCCUAUGCUUUACUUUCCCCAAGCUUGCUAUUUUCUCCAAAUUCGGGUCAACUAGGAUUCCCUCUUUCACCAACAGUGCCCAUCCCAAAAUGGCGAAGUCUUUAAUAAAUUGGUAAGUUCUUCAAAAGAAAAAAAUUAUAUAUAUAAGGUUUUAGGCUUUUUGUACAUGGUUAGGGUUGAUGGAUAAUUUUAUUCAAUUACCAGUGGUUGGAUAAAGAAACAAAAAAAAAUCUCACCCUGGUCAGUUAGAAUUAGAAGCUUGUUUCUGGGUUCUUUUUUUUUUUUUCCCCUUUAAUCUUUGUCAUGUAAAACAGAUACUUUAAAACUAUGUUCAUCUGCCUAUAUUUGGUGCUGUUUAUGCUUUUUUUCUGCUAAUCUUCUUUUAGCCCAUAGUGGAAUAGUAUAUGAAGUAUACAAUCCUGUUGGGUAAUAAUUGGAUUAGCUCCUUGUUCCUGUUUUAGUCAUCCUAUGUGGAUUUAUCCAUAGAUUUGAAGUAAUUUAUAUAACUUUUGCUUAGGAGUUGUAAGGAUAGGAAAA